AUGUUGCGAUUAAUUGUUCGUCUCAUCGCUACAUUGCUAUUUUCAUCUUUGGCAUAUGGCGAUACUUGUUCAUCCGUUGCUUCUCUAGGCUACAUCAACGUCACCUACGCUCUGAACUUGGCCUAUAUCGAAGAGCAAACUCAGUACUGGUCAACUUCAUGCUCUGCCCUUCUCCCAUCAUGCAUCAUCUUCCCAAAAACAGUAGAAGAAGUUUCAACGGUGGUACGGAUCCUCGCCAACACCACCGAACCUUUUGCCGUCAAAUCUGGAGGCCACAAUCCCAACAAUGGAUGGAGCAGUGUUGCCGGAGGCCCACUCAUUGCUAUGGAGCACUUCGAUCAGGCCGAGCUCGAUCGCAGCACGGGUAUCGUCGACGUAGGCCCUGGUAAUCGGCUCGACGGCAUCGCUUCCAAACUGCAAGGCACAGGCUGGACCUUUGUCGGUGGUCGCAUUGGAAACACUGGAGUUGGUGGGCUAGUGCUCGGCGGAGGACUGAGCUACAUGUCGACGCAGUAUGGAUGGGCUGCUUCAAGCGUGCUCGAGUACGAGAUGAUCUUCGCCAAUGGCACAAUCGGUCACAUCAGGAACGACAACCACCCCGACCUUUUCGUCGCUUUGAAGGGAGGCGGUAACAAUUAUGGUGUAGUAACAAAUUACAAAUUGCAAGCUCAUCGACAGGGCGACAUCUGGGGUGGCAACCUGGUGUACCUGCGCACGCCAAAGAAGGACAAGCAGCUCCUCCAGGCCGUUCGCGAUUGGACAGGGUACAACGAGGACGAAAAGGCUGCUGUGAUAGUAACAGCAGAGCGAGCCAAUAUCAACAUAGUCGACUCGUGGAUCAUCUUUCUCUUCUACGAUGGUCCGACGCCUCCAGCUGGGUUGUUCAAGAACUUUACCGAUGUCAAUCCUCUUCUCGAUACCACACGAACACGCACCUACGCCGAUCUCAUGGCACUGAGUAACUGGGUCGUGAUCAAAGGCAAUGUUGUAGACAUCGCCACAGAGACAAUCCCCUUGCCGUCUAGUGCGAACGCCGUCCAGGUCAUGGAGGGUCUGCAUGAUCACUGGAGAAACGUCUCCGGCACCACACUUCUCGUACCUGGUAUUGUGGCGUCCAUCGCAUGGCAGCCUUUUCCCAAGAAGAUUGCGCAAAAGGCAAGAGAACUCAGCCCCGACCUGAUCGAUGCCGAUGCAGAUGUAGACCGCAUCAUCAUCGAGAUGAACUACGCGUUCACACCGCAGUCACUAUAUGAGCAGAUGGCCGAUACAAUGGAAGCUACCUAUUCGGGUGUGAGAGACAGAGUUUUGGCGUGGCAAGCAGAGGACAAGUUGCCGCAAGCAUAUCUGCCGAUCUUUAUGAACUAUGGAUUCUUUCGGCAGGACUACUUUGGGAGACUGAGGCCUGAGAGUCGCGCGUUGGCGAAGAGGGUCGCGGAUGAGGUUGAUCCGAGGGGUUUGUUCAGGUCGAGAACGGGAGGCUGGAAGCCCUGA